UUUGAGCAAUUUACUGUGGUUUUGAUUUGGCGAGAUAAGAAGAGUCAAAAUGCUGAACCAGAGUGCGGUGAUGAUCUUCACUGGUAUUUGUGGGGCAUUAGUGGUCAUGGCAAUGGCCUACUACAUCUACUGGUCCAUAGUUUUGGCUGAAGGACCGUGUAAACGAGGCUUGUAAAAGGAUCCCACCGUGGUUGGUCAUUGUGUAUAGAGAGGAGCCAGAUCAGCUCUCCAGGCUCCUCAGCCAUGGCUUUGCUGGCCUACGUGAAGAGCCUGUUCAUCCUGCAGCUGCUGAUGGGCUUUGUGUUUGUUGUGAGCGGACUCAUCAUUAACUUCAUCCAGCUGUGCACCUGCAUCCUCUGGCCGAUUAACAAGCAGCUCUACCGCAGGAUCAACUGCAGACUCUCCUAUUCCCUCUGGAGUCAGCUGGUGAUGCUGCUAGAGUGGUGGUCAGGCACAGAAUGCACCCUAUACACAGACCAGGCUACGGUGGACAGGUUUGGCAAAGAGCAUGUCAUUAUCAUCCUCAACCACAACUUUGAGAUCGACUUCCUGUGUGGCUGGACCAUGUGCGAAAGAUACGGUGUCCUUGGGAGCUCCAAGGUGCUAGCAAAACAUGAGCUGCUGAAGGUGCCUCUGAUUGGAUGGACCUGGUACUUCCUAGAAAUUGUCUUUUGCAAAAGAAAAUGGGAGGAGGACCGAAAAACUGUCUUCAGUGACCUGGAAAGGCUUAAAGACUAUCCUGAAUAUAUGUGGUUUCUGCUGUAUUGUGAAGGUACCCGCUUUACAAAGAAAAAACAUGAAAUCAGUAUGCAGGUAGCAGAAAGCAAAGGUCUGCCCAUCCUCAAAUAUCACCUCCUACCCCGAACCAGAGGAUUUACUACCACGCUGCACUGUCUCAAGGGGACAGUAACUGCUGUGUACGAUGUGACUCUGAACUUUCAAGACAAACAAACGCCAACUCUCCUGGGCAUCGUCCAAGGCAAGAAAUACAAAGCGGACAUGCAUGUAAGACGGUUCUCUGUGCAGGACAUCCCAAAUGAUGAGCAGCAGUGUGCUGCAUGGCUGCACAAGCUCUACCAGGAGAAGGAUGCCUUACAGGAAAUAUACCACAAAGAAGGUCGGUUUCCAGGCCCCAAAAUAAUUCCACCUCGUCGGCCGUGGACGCUGCUGAACUUCAUGUUCUGGGCCACGCUGCUGCUUUCACCCCUCAUCAACUUCGCUUGUGGCGUGGCCGUGAGUGGCUCCCCCCUCCUCAUCAUCGGCUUCCUCAUCUUCCUCAUCAUAGCUUCCGUAGCUAUCCGCCGCCUAAUAGGGGUCACUGAAGUCAAGAAAACGGGCUCCAGUUAUGGGAACCAGGAAUCCAAGAAACAAAACUAAACCCUGCCACGUUUGCCAAGUACAGACGUACGGUCUCUCUGUGGUCUCUUACCCAGUCUGUUGACUUCAUACAAGUUGGUGUGUUAGUAGACCAGGCAGGAGACACACAGGACGUGCAGCGGA